AUCUUGGGAUAGAGACAUUAAGAGCUCUGCGAACUCACUUGACUCGAGGCUUUGGAAAUAUGGUAUACCCUGCCGCUACUAGAAAGAUGUUGCUGGCUACGCUGCUGAUGGUGCUGUUGGCACAUCAUGUCACCUCCAAACCCCUUGAUGUGUCAGCGAGAAUUACCACGCUGCUCAACGAGAACAUUUCCAAUUCCUUACAAGAUAAAGCAGAGGCUAUCGACACUAUCCUGAAACUCCUUGCUGAAAUUGACCUUCCCGCUAUCUGUGAAGCCGUUAUGGGAGAGAGAAAUGGCGACGUUACCCAGAUGGACAACAUCAUUGCCCAAGCCGCCAAGGAACAAGGCUUCCCUCAUAUGAUGACCACUAAACUACAAAACGCUGAUGCCAUCCCAUUCCCUGUUAAUUUCCCCAUGAAGUCCGAGGACAUUCUCCCCGCUGACUUUCCUCUCAAGUCAAAGGAUAUUCUCAAGCCUGUGAAAGAACAAGCUGCUACAAGCGCCUUCACUGAACCCACCUCAACAGAAUCCCCAUCCAUAUCGACUGACCCAUCAACCCAUGUGAUAAUCCAGAGUGUUCAGUCCCUGAAGCCUAACGUCUCUCUCUCCGCUGAAGCUAGACGGAUGAACAGCCAGGAGAUUAAAAGAGUCGAAAGACCAGAACUUGUUGGAUUCAAACUUGCCCCAUCUGAGCAUUACAGGAAGGAACUGGAAGGCGAAACUGAAAAAACUGAAGGAAAAGUCUCAGGUACGAUGGAAACUGUACAGUCAAUUGUUGAAGGAUCAACAUACAUGACUUUGGCAGAUGAGGCUGUCACUACUGAACCCACUCCAGAUGACGUAGAUACGAACACUACUGAUGCUACAGAAAUGAAUACCACAACAGCCACAUGGGCGUCAUCCACAUCUUCUCCUACAUCUACAGAGGCAUCAACCCCUGCUGCAACUUCAACCGAAUCUGAUGUUUCAACUUCGUCCGUCUUUUCAACGUUUUCUACUGCUGAAAUAGAAACCACCACAUCCAACGAGAUUAUUGAAGAUGUAGUGAAUGAUACCAUUUCAAAUAUAUCCUCGGUAGAGACAGCAGCUGCAUCACGGAACGUUUCUCUACCAGAAUCCAGUGCCGAGGAGGUCACCAAUGAAACCCAAGUCAUGAAUGCUACAACCACAAGUGAAUUCAACAGCACUAAUGAACUGGAAACAACCUCAGAUAACAUCACUGCAUACCAGCCAUUAAAUGCCACAGCUGCUGACGAGAUACUGUCAGAUAAUUCUUCUUCAUCUGUAAAUGAAUCUGCUUCCUCAUAUGAACAGACAACCGAGAAAAGCCCCAAUACCACCAUCGCUGUCAAUACAACUGAAGAAAAGGCAGAGGAACAGCAGACGACAACAGCAGUGACAACAGAGACAACAUCAAACAUGACUGAAAGCUACGAAACCAAUGCCACUACGACCACAACAACGACUGAGGCUACAACUAUCGUCACUAAUGCUACUUAUGACGCUCGUAAUACAACCGAUGCCUUCACAGUAUUGGAAACUUCAGAAAAUAUCACAGAGACUGAUUCCGAUGCCCAGGCGAUUCCAGCUGAACUGCCAAAUACAGAACCAACCAGCACCCUUGACUAUUUCUGGACUCCGGGAAAGACCAUCCCGAUGACUGACAGCCUGUAUGAAUAUGAUGACUCAACUGAUGACGCCUCGUCUUUCCACGUGAGCACAUCCUCAGAUUAUGUUCAAGAAGAAGCUGCUGACAACACCAACACGACAGUGAACAAGACGUUCGACAUUACAAUGGAAACAACACCCGAGGUCUCCACUGAAGCCUACCCAGCAACACCCUCAGAAUACGACUAUGUUUACAACCUUGAAGAUCUGACUGGCACCAACAAACACGAUUCUGCCUAUAAUAGAUAUGAAGACGCAGGUCAGUACGGUGCAUAUGAUGCCAACAACGUCGAUUACGCUACCGGGGAAAUGACAGACUAUGGUAUGGAUUCUCUGAAAACAAACCCAAGAUUCCUUGCCGGGGAUCAUUUCAACGACGCAAGUAAACACCAGGGGCAGAACAUGCUCGCCAGUGCUGACAGCCCAGCCAAUACCGCCGCUACACAAGACUUUAUGUUGUCGGCCCAGCCAGGAUAUUACAAUUCACUGGCUGACCAGACAUCAUGGUCAGACAACAAGUUUCAACACAACUCUGUAGAUGGUAAAGACUUUGACAAGAGUUUCACUGCUGCUGAUAGGAAAACAGUUGCUGUCCCAAGCCUUACCGACGGUCCAAAUAGUCUGGCUGCAUCCGUCGGUGUCAGACAAAAGACUGUUUGGUCCGAGCCGACUCUACCACAGAUAUUCUACCAACCAAAUGGAUACGCAUGCCCCGGAUUGUUUGGCUACUAUGCAGAUGCUGAUGACUGUCAAGCGUUCUUCAUCUGCAGUUGGGGGGUACCCUACAGGUUCCUCUGUCCGAAAGCCACUCUGUGGAACUCUAUUGAGAGUGUCUGUGAUUGGAGCAAUAACGUCAAUUGCAGCAGACAGAAAUAAGCAGUGAAACAGAAAUUGAUAUUAACCGAGAACUUCUAUUGUUAACAAAGUAUUAUAUCGAAAAGACGAUGUCUCAGGACGAAGAGUAGUCUCCCCUUCGUGACUUCCCUGCACACCGGGAACAUUCAAGUCGAUGAAGCUUUCGUGCCACGUCCAUCUGAACAGAGAACUGUGUGGGAGUGAUUAAUGUUAUAUGAGAAUGCAGUGUUUAUACACUCUGAUCUGAUAUAGUGAUGGUUACAUAAGGAGAUGAUAAUUCUUAAUAGUACUACUGUAACCCAAAGCACGUUCCCUUAAAGGUGUUUCGUACGUUUCGAUAUGAGUAUGAAAGAUAUUUUCUCUCGACCUAUGUUAUUUAUACACUUCCAAAAUGUAAUAAGGGUUAUUUAGGCAAUAGAGACAAACUCGUUGGUUCAGUACCAGAAAGCACAUGUCUUAGUUUAAAUAUAUCAGGGUAAUUCGAAGAUUUCUCUCUGAAAUUGGGGCGAUGGGGUAACCUUGUGGUUAAAGCGUUCGCUCGUCACGCCGAAGAAAUAACCAUUGAAGAAUAUUUGCCGUCUCAUAGUUCAUUCUCAAAUAGUUCAAUAUCUAUAUCGGCGUUGUUUUAUGUUUGUAUGUUAUUAUAUAUUCAUUGAAUUUGAAAUAUUUAUGUACAUAGAGAGAAUAUUAUGAAAGUGUACAUAGCCCUCGUUUUAUACAUUUAUAAAUAUUUUUAUACCGAUUUGAAUACUCUUACAUUUGCUUUGUAUAUGUGCAAAUUUUGCUCAAA